AUGUCCAACUCGCCGCCCGAAGUGAUUGACGAGGUCGCCGGGAAGAAGCGCAAGUUGUAUUCCAGUUGUGACACUUGUAAACUACGACGAGUCAAGUGCGAGCGGGAAAGUGAGGAUCAGGCAUGCGCAAAGUGUAUCGAGAAAGGAAUCCAUUGCACAACCGCUGGCCCGAAAAGGAAGAAACCACGCACUGGAAAGCGAAUAGAACAGGCGAAGGAGCUAUUUGGCGAUGGCACACACAAUAUCGGCGAGAGCAGUCGAGGAAACCUUGUGGUGUACCAUGGGCAUCGGCCGAUCACUCCAGCGCCGGAUGAUGUUGCUUUUGACAUGCGGGGAUUCGAUAGCCUGAACGCACGCCAUAUCUCGAACGACAACGUCGAUUCCAGGCUAUCCCUCGCGGAGAUAGUGAGCACGCUCAGCAGCCACUUGAUCGAAGUGUACUUCAGCUUGACGCAUUACCCAUUGCCGCUAUAUAGGUGGAAGAACUUCCGAGAUCAGUUCGAUAAGGCAGGUCGGCGACCAGAGCAGAUGACUGGCAUGGGAGGCGUACUGGCGCACGCUCUGAUCGCGUAUGGUGCAUAUGCAUCAAACUCUCCUGCAAUACUAGGUCCAGGGGCACCAGCGCUAAGCAAACUUGAUUCGGAGGAAGCAAAUUUCGUUCACUGGGGAAGACAGCGUGCGCAAUUAUGCAAGAGUCUUCUGGACCGUGCCGUUCGAAUAGCAGACGAGCAUGGUGUAUUCAGAGUCGAAUGCAAUGAGAGCAUCGUCAUUCUUCUGUUGCUGGAGAUGCUCAUUGAUCAUGGCGAUGUGACACGGCGUCGAGGAAGGCCUUUUCGCGCUGCUGCUCUCAGCCAUGCCCAGACACUGUCGGAAGAAGGAAACACACAUGAUGAGUAUAUCGAGUUGCAGGGAGGUGGUCUAGGGUGGAUGCUAUACCUACGGGAUUCUUUACAGGCCGCAGUGGCUGGUCGAGAACCUCGCUUACGAGAUCGAGACGUGCAGAUUCUCUGCGGGCGAACCAUGACCCUCGGCCUUCCGACCAUGGUCGAGUUCGCAAAAGCCCUCAACGGCGACAUCCUUGUGUGGGACCCAGUCAUCCGAAUAUGGGAUCAUGUAGCGCAGUUAACGCGGCAGUUGGCAAAAAGACUGGCUAAGGACAGUCCUGUUCCAGAGGGACGACAAGACCCGUUCAAUGAUAAUUUCCUCUGGGAACUGUACAAGGACCUUGAUGAUACAAAAGCCUGUAUCAAGUUAAUGCAAGCACAUCUAUCCCAGUUCUUCACUUUCAAGAGGCCAGGGCACAAUUUCUUCAAGUUCUAUUGCCGGACUAUGUCUCUCGGUUGCAUCUUUGUUGAUUACCUGGUUCACCGUGGGGUAAAACAGGAGUUACAACAAUUGAAUGAUCGAUUGGAACACGCCACGCUCGUGCCGCUGGAUGACAUCGCAAACUUUGGUCUCUCAGAGUAUGAGAAGCGCCGAUCCAAACUGAUGCAAUUGAAGCAUGAAGCCGACAAUCGGAUGCGAAAGUGCGCCAGAGAGAUGGCACAGAUUCUUUGGGCCAUGCAGAACUCUUUAUCUGCGAGAACAGGGCUGGGAAUCAUGACUGGCGUGCAUAUGGUUUACGAUACACUACCGAUCUUGGCCGAGAUCCUAUGUACCAUGCCCUCGAGGGAGGAAGGCGGCGACCCAGAUUUCCCGCUGGAAACCAAAAUUCAAGAAGUAGGAUGGCUGCUGAGCACCUAUCGGUCACUCGGCUGGUCCUGGGCAGAUAUGGAGGACCCGAUCAAGUACCUAGAAGAGCAACAUGGACGACUGGUGGCGCUAAAAUCUGGCCUGCCGCCGCCAAACGCAGGAUUGAACAGUGUCUCCAUCCCGGUCUCUAGUGUUCGCUCAAGUGUGGAGACAUCCGAUACGACCCCUUUCCUGCUUCCCACUCCCUCAUCCGUCCAGUUUGGCCUGAAACCCGAAUUGGCCGACACGCCCAGCAGUGGCUACAGCUCCGCGACGAGUGGCGAACGGCCCACGACGGGGUAUGCCGCCGAGUUGCAAGCCCAGUCGCUCGCAGAGCCAAGCAUGCAACCGCCCGAAGCGCCCGCUCACGUGCAGUCGAUGCUACCAACGUUUAUUCCCGGACCGAGCCAUCUUCCACCUCUUUCGGAUCCUUUUGCUGACUUGUAUACUAUGCCUAUUGUAACGGAAUACCUAGACGGGACGGCCCAAGCAGGCGCUUUACCCUCCCCAACAUCGUAUGAGGAUCUGCAGCAGUGGGCGAGUGUGUUCAAUGACCAGGUGCCGCUGAACUGGGACUUUGGACCUUCUGGGUUUACCCCACAGCCCUAGGAGGAAGUGGACGGAAGAAUAGACUGAAUGAAGGGUAAUUAUCUGUAGCUGUUCAAUCCUGUAUUUAUAGAAUUACG